AUGUGCCAGAAUCCCACGCGUCAACAAGACGACUCGAUCCGCGACAGCUUCAACCCGACGCACCAAUACCCACGAAACUCUCAACAGCGAGACCCAACUCAAACAAUGCCUUCCGCAGACCAGCAGCAUCAUCUCAACCUCGACGGCCUUCAAACCCUCUCCAUCUCAGCGCCAGACGUCCCGAGCCCUCCCUACGAGCACCGCACCACCAUGACGAUCCAGCAAGACGAGCAGCAACCCCCGGCAACCCACUGGCCGCAGGACAUCUGGCUUCACAGCCCCUCGUACCGCGUGCUGUACCAGCCUGUCCUCGUGGUCCCCCACCAGCAGCAGCCGCAACCGCCGCCGCCCAACGAGUCUCCCUUGCAGCGGCCAGCACCAUCCACCAAUGUGCCAGAUGCGCCACUGCACGAUCCGUCACAAUGCCGCAACGGAGACGACCCGCGGCCCGAGGGGAACCCCGCCGACGGGUGUGGCCGCUAUCAGCCCAACGGGCAUGCUCAUUCUGAAUCAAAGAGUGACGGGCGUUGA